AGUGGACUGAUGGUAGUCCAGUUAACUACUUGCCCUGGGCUUCUGGACAACCGAAUAACGAAGAUCACACUGAGAACUGUAUUGAAAUGCUUUACAACAUGGACACGAACGGCUGGGCAGACAAUGUCUGCGAUGUAAAACGAAAUUGGAUCUGUAAAUUGCGAAAAGGCUCUGAUGGGAACACGCCUUUGCCAACUGUAACCGGAAUACAAUCACCUGGGUGUGGUGAUGGCUGGCUGUUGUUUCCGUCAAACAACCAAUGCUAUAAGUUCUAUGGCGACUCUCAACGACAAACAUGGUCUGACGCUGAGAGUGUUUGCUUGAGAGAAGAUGCCAACAUAGUGUCGAUACAUAGUUUUGAUGAAAUGAACUUUAUCAGAUCAAUAGCGGCUAAACUUCCGACGUACCAAGUGUGGAUUGGUAUGAGGGAAUACUACGGGGCUCUAGGCUAUGUAAAUUCUGACCGUACUGUUGCAAAUUACUUCCGAUGGGACAUCAACCAACCAAAUAAUAUGAACAACAAUGAACAAUGCAUACAUAUGACAACAACUGAAGGCAAAAUGGCCCAUGAGACUUGUGUUGAGACGCGAGCUUUUGUCUGUAAAAAGCGCUCAAAUGACGCCAUAACAACCGCAGUCGCACCAACCACUGUUAUGCCUGGAUAUUGUCCAUCGGGUUGGUGGACCAGAGGCAACAAGUGUUAUAACUUUUUUCAAGAAAAGAAGAAUUGGACAAAUGCGAAAUCCUUCUGUGAAAGCAAUGGGGGCGGACUUGUAUCAGUCAAUGAUCAAUACGAUCAAGCUUAUUUGAUAACACUUUUACAAGACAUAGACUAUUCUGUAUGGAUCGGCGUCAACGAUCGCGGUUCUGAUGGAAUGUUCGUCAACGCUGAUGGAUCCGAUAUAACGUUCGCUGCUUGGAUGCCUGGUGAACCUAAUGGUGGCAAAAAUGAGAACUGUGUUGAAAUAUAUUCAGGCGCAUCUGUCGUUCCCGGUGCCUGGAACGACCUUCCGUGUAAUCUGGAGCUUGGUUUUAUGUGCCAGCAACCGAGAGAUGAUACAGCCACACCAACGAAAGGGAGCAACACGAAAUGUCCUGACGGGUUUGUGAUCUACAGAGAUGCUUGCUAUAAAGUAAUGACAACCAACAAUGAUUUUAAUGCCGCCGAAAAGAAAUGUGUUGACGCUAGGGGACACCUUUCAAGUGUAUCUGAUGUUUUUGAACAGAAACAGCUCGAGCUAAUGAGCCAAGAUGUGGGUGCUGUUCCACUCUGGAUUGGUCUGUCAUACCAAGAGUCCAGUGGCAAAUACACAUGGACAGAUGGAUGGCCAACAACUUUUACCCACUGGGCGUAUGGUCAACCAAUCAAAAAUGAUGAGAACGGAGGCUGUGUGAUAAUGUUGCCAACAGGACAGUGGAAUGAUACCUCGUGCUUAAAUAAGUAUAACUCAGUUUGCAAGAUUACAGACGCUAAACCACCUGUCUACCCUUCGACGGUGCCUGGAAACUGUACGGACGAGACCUGGACAUCAUUUGGUGCGUACUGCUACAAGGCUUUCGUUACAGAGCAGGUUUCGUGGCACACUGCGCAGUAUACGUGCAGUAAAAUGCGCAACACCAAUCUAGUCAGUAUCCACGACAGCAAGGAACUGAAUUUCAUUAAUAAUGUUGUGAUACCACGUGAAAGUUCGACGGUUUGGAUUGGUCUUAUUGCGGACGAAGCUUCAGGCUUUAGUUGGACGGACGGGACGGCAGUGGAUUACCUGCCUUGGGCGCCGGGUGAACCCUCAGGAAAAUACGAAGAUGAAACAGAGGACUGUGUUCAAUUGUAUCACAAUUCCGGUAAAUGGAAUGACCUUAGCUGCAGUAAUCAACUUCCCUAUAUCUGUAAAUAUAGUAAAUAUGAUGAGCCAGUAAUUUCAACGGACGAUACAUUUGUAGCCGACGAGGGUUUAGGAGUUGGGGCAAUAGUUGGUAUAGUACUCGGUUCUAUUGGUUUCUUGGUUGCUAUCUUCGCUGUCGUUAUGCUCGUCAAGAAACAGCGCCGCCUAUUAGAAUAUUUCAGACAUUCUGUGAACGAUGGUCUUGAGGAAAAAAUCUACGAUUGAGAAAUCAAUAGGAAGAGAACUGAAACAAGGAACGAUCAUUACUCAUCUCAGACAGCGUAGUAAAGAACAUAUUUCAUGAUCAGUCUGAUAUUUCAUAGCAUCGUCGAUAUACCAAAUAAGACUUAAGACUUUCAAAAUUAUUUGAAACCUUAGCUACCUUUACUGAAGUAAUGCCCAUUAAUGGAUACAUUUUUUUUAAAUAUUUUUUAAACUCGUAAUUUAAAUGACGCCAUCUGCUUAUAUUUGGCUGAUAUGAUUUGAGAUCAGCAUCUAACAAUGAAAUGUAAAAUAUAAACUGAUAUUAAUUUGUUGUAAUCAUUAUCAUGUUUAUUAGUAAGAGAUAUCAAGGACAGAUAAAUAAAUACCUUAUAUCAUACUGUA